AUGGCAGGGAAAAUAGGCCGAUUGGAACCAUUUGAUAGUGCAGUUGAAUCAUGGGAUUCAUAUCACGAACGCCUUGAACAAUAUUUUAUUUGUAAUGAAGUUAAAUCAGAGAAGAAAGUACCCGUUUUACUUACACUGAUUGGUGGAAACACUUAUUCACUGCUGCGAGGGCUCACAAGACCCAAGAAACCUUCAGAAGUAUCGUAUGGCGACCUAGUAGCGACAUUACGAAAGCAUCUGUGUCCAAAGCCUCUUGUCAUAGCUGAACGUUUUCGCUUUCAUAAGAGGGAGCAAGCAGAAGGUGAGACUAUUCUUGAUUAUGUAGCAGCACUGAGGAAGUUAUCUGAACAUUGUUUAUUUGAUGAGGCUAUUCUGGAUGAUAUGUUACGCGGCAGACUUGUUUGUGGCUUACGCAAUGAGCAUAUACAAAAGAAACUUUUAUCUGAGGCUGAACUAACCUUUACGUCUGCUACGGAUAUAGCCGUUGCUAUGGAGACAGCAGCCAGGGAUGCUACAGAACUACAGUCUAAGCACAGUCCUAGUGCAAGUGUACAUAAACUACAUGCUAAAAAGAAGUCUCACGGAUAUGGUGGAACAUCAGGGAAAUAUACGCCCAAGGGAGGAAAAUCAUGUUUCCGGUGCAAUGGUGACCACAACCCACAAAGUUGUUAUUACAGAGACAAGGAGUGUUUCAAGUGUCACAAGAAGGGUCACUCUAAACAUGCGUGUCGCAGCCAGAAGAAAAAUAAGAUGAGUGUUCACAUGAUAAAUCAAAAUGACAGUUCAGAUAGUGAUAUCUACAUCAAGACUUUAGAGAUGGAUAUUAACUCCAUGAGAAGAUCAGAUGAUGUGAUAAGGAUCACACCCAUAGUAAACAGUGUUAGUCUGGAAAUGGAAUUGGAUACAGGAGCUGCAGUAUCUGUUAUUCCUGAGAAAAUAUUCAAGGAGAAAUUCCCAAACGUCAAGUUGAAACCCAGUGACAUUCUGUUAAAGACUUACACAGGAGAAAGAAUAAAACCCGCAGGUGUCGCAGAAGUCAGUGUGAGAUACCAGGACCAGCGAAAGGACCUUAAUCUGUAUGUCGUGAAGAAAGCUGGAGUUACACUGUUUGGUCGAGAUUGGCUGAAACAGAUUACACUGAACUGGCCAGAAAUAAAAUCGCUUGCAACAUGUAAAGCAGGGAAAAAUCUCAAAACUGUGUUAAAUAAACAUUCGAGUGUAUUCAAGGAUGAUUGGGGAACCUUAAAAGGAAUCAAGGCCAAGUUGACAGUUAAACCUGAUGCAAAACCCAAGUUCGUCAAAGCCAGACAGGUACCUUAUGCACUUAAACCUAAAGUUGAGGUAGAACUAGAGAAGUUGGUGAAAGAUGGUGUACUGGAGAAGUGCAACUUUAGUGAAUGGGCUACGCCGAUUGUACCAGUCAGCAAGAAGGAUGGUUCAGUUCGUGUGUGCGGAGAUUUCAAAGUGACUCUUAACCCAGUAUUAGAAGUUGACCAGUACCCUCUUCCAAGAAUUGAAGAUAUAUUUGCUGCUCUGUCUGGAGGACAACAAUUCUCAAUAGUGGAUUUAAAACAUGCUUACCUACAGAUGGAGGUAGAAGAAGAUUCACGUCCCUUACUUACGAUAAACACAGAGAAAGGCUUGUAUCGUUACAAUCGCCUAGUGUAUGGUGUUGCGUCUGCGCCAGCGAUUUGGCAGCGUUCGAUGGAUAUGGUGCUUCAAGGACUUCCUGGAGUGAAGUGUAUCAUCGACGAUAUGAUCAUCACGGGCAAAGAUGAAGCAGAGCAUCUACGAAAUUUAGACGCUGUGCUUGGCAGAUUGGCAGAAUAUGGACUCAGAGUAAAUUUGGACAAAUGCCAAUUUUUCAAGGAUAAAGUAUCUUUCUGUGGACAUGAAAUUGACCGUCAUGGAUUACAAAAGACACAGAAGAAGAUAGAAGCUGUUGUAAAUGCACCACAACCUACUAAUGUGUCCGAGCUUCGUUCAUUCUUGGGGAUUGUGAACUACUAUGCACGUUUCAUUCCCAAUUUAUCUACAGUGCUUCAUCCACUGUACAACUUACUGGAAAAGGACCACAAGUGGUGUUGGACAAGAGAUAGUGAGGAGGCUUUCAAGACAAUGAUAGAGAAGGAAGCUCUAGGAAUUAUCUGGGGAGUAAAACGUUUCAACACUUAUGUUUAUGGAAGAAGUUUCCGUCUCAUUACAGACCACGAACCACUUAUCUCUAUAUUUGGUCCAAAGAAGGGAAUCGCAAACACAACAGCAGCUAGGCUGCAGAGGUACGCAUUGUUCCUGGCUGGCUACAACUAUGAUAUAAUCUACAGAAAUACGAAGAAACAUGGAAAUGCUGACAGUUUGUCCCGCUUACCUGUCACAUAUGAGAGUAGCCGAUUGGUGGACAAAGAAGAGGAAGCGGAAGUGGAGAUGUUGCACGUCAGUCAACUGGAACAUCUAUCUAUCAAACCUGAAGCAAUCCAACGUGAAACUAGGCGUGAUUACCUCUUAUUGAAAGUUUACGAUAAUGUGUCCAGAGGUUGGUGUGCAAAUUCAGAAUCGAAGGAAAUGGAUCCAUACUUUACGCGUCGUAGUGAACUUACUAUUCACCAGAACUGUCUAUUAUGGGGAAUCCGUGUUGUGAUUCCGCCGUCACUGCGAAGUCAAGUUUUGGAUGAGCUACAUCAAGGUCACAUUGGUGUUGUUAAAAUGAAAACCUUAGCAAGAAGUCAUGCUUGGUGGCCAGGGAUAGAUCGGGAUAUAGAACUUUUGACAAAGAGCUGUGCUGGAUGUCAGGCAGUAAAGCAUGCACCACCAGCCGCACCUAUUCACCCCUGGGAAUGGCCGUCUAGACCUUGGGAAAGGAUCCAUAUCGAUUUUGCGGGUCCGUUUCUCAAUUCAAUGUUCUUAGUCAUUGUUGACGCUUACUCUAAGUGGCCAGAGGUGAUACCAAUGAAAACUACCACAUCUUCCCAGACCAUAGAUGUAUUACGUACCGUUUUUGCACGUAAUGGCUUACCAUCACAAAUUGUAAGUGACAAUGGACCUCAGUUCACAUCAGAAGAGUUUGCAAAUUUUACCAGAGGAAACGGUAUAAAACACUUAACCUCAGCACCCUAUCACCCCAGUACUAACGGUUUAGCAGAAAGAUUUGUGCAGUCAUUCAAGAUGAGUCUCAAGUCGAGUAAAAAGGAAAAUGGUAGCAUGGUGAAGAAACUCAGCAAUUUUCUUAUGGCUUACCGUAACGCUCCACAGUGCACAACAAAUGAAAGUCCAGCAAAACUAUUCAUGGGCAGAAACUUACCAUCUCGUUUAGAUCUCAUGAAACCAGAUGUCAGGAGGAAAGUAGAGGAGAAACAGUGUGAAGUGCGCGAAAGAAGAAAAAGUGUGUUGCGUAAAUUCGAACCAGGAGAUUCUGUUGCUGUUCGUGACUACCGAAAGGAUCAUUCUCAGUGGACUUCCGGAACUGUGACAGCUCAGACUGGACCUGUAUCAUAUUCUGUAGAAGUAACACCAGGAGUCACAUGGAGACGACACGCUGAUCAGUUGCGUUCUUCGAAUGCACCAAUUCUGGAGGACUUAUAUAUUCAACCUAGUAACACAGCUGUGAGUCAACAACCAGUAAAGUCAAACAUCGCGAAACAGAGCUCGCCCGUGUCCAAUACAGAACCACGCCCUUCGCAUCCAUCCAAUGAUGACCGUGCCAUGCCAUCUACUCAAGCCGUCCCUGAACCAAGAUAUCCAAGUCGUGUCAGAAAACCGCCCAAACAUCUUGCAGAUUAUGUUUGA